GAGGGGUCCAUGUCUCAUCUCCUUCCAACAUUUCUUAUUGAAGUCUUUCAUUUUCCUCAUUAUGAUUUCAAAUGUCGAACUCACAUACAGAUGUUCUUCUCGCGGGAGCGUUUGCAGCAGUAGCUGUCGACCUUCUAGUAUACCCUUUGGAUACUCUUAAGACUCGAUUCCAAAGUCCAGAUUACAAAAAGAUCUACUAUGAUGCAUCGAAAAAAGCGAUCAAUCGUGGUUUACUGUUUCGAGGUUUAUAUCAGGGAGUGGGACCUGUAAUUUUGGUGACCAUACCUUCAUCAGGAGCAUUCUUCACCACAUAUGAGGGAAUAAAAUCUGUUCUCACCAAGGCAAAUACAAGCUUCGGUGGCAACAACACGCCACUGAUACCCCAACCUUUUGUGCACAGCGCAGCUUCGGCAGUGGCUGAACUUGUAUCAUGCUUUAUACUGACUCCUGCGGAGGUAUUGAAACAAAAUGCCCAGAUGAUCCGCCGGCCAGCCCACUCCUCGAAGUCUGAGGCUUCUGUUACUAUGCAGGCAUUGAAGCAAUUCAAAAGACCUUCGCAAUUGUUCACAGGAUACACGGCAUUGGCUGCCCGCAAUCUGCCGUUCACCGCAAUGCAAUUCCCUAUGUUUGAGCACGUGAAAGAGUCGAUUAAGAACUAUCGGAAGCAAAAUGGAACCAUGACCGGUUCGUUACUCGAAACAGCAACAAUAACAGCAGUGAGUGCUGGAAGUGCGGGGUCUAUUGCAGCCGUAAUCACAACACCAGUCGAUGUAGUGAAGACCCGAAUUAUGCUUGCAGCAGCAGGAGAAAACUCUGAGAGUGAGGCAAAGAAGAAGAUAGAGGAAGCCAAGAAGAGAGGUCAAUCGAUUGAUAACCUUGGAGGGAAGAAAAAAGGCAGUCUCACUAUUGCUCGGGAAGUGAUUGCGGAAACUGGAAUGAGAGGAUUGUUUCGAGGUGCUAUUCUGAGAGCUGGCUGGACGGCAUUGGGUAGCGGCCUUUAUUUAGGGUCUUAUGAAAGUGGGAGGGUCUGGCUGGGGGAUCGACGAGAGACUAAAGUUUGAGACGAUUAUUCAAUAAUCCGGGGAGAGUGGCCCCACUGCGUCUACAAUGCCACAGGUGUUUUCGACGGAGCUCCCUGAGUAUAUGUAUGAUAGAGAGAAGAUGGGACGAAAAGAUUCAUCCUCGAGAUUAUAUCUAAUUACACUGGACAACCAGAGUUCUGCGGUCCAUGACCCUCCUGUGUCGCUUUCUCUUCAUGUGCUUCCGCCUUCAAUAUUCUAAUAUCGCCAAACUUAUCCGAUUUUCA